AGUCCUUAUAGAUUGUGUUUUACAGUUUUAGCUUCAUUUAGUUCCAAUGGAACCUGUUCCACCAUCUCCCAUUACAUGGCCAGAUGGGGGAAGUCUCACCAACGAGUGGGUACAUGGGCUUAUGUCUUCUUUCCAAUGGUCUUCAUGGAAUCUACCUCCUUCCCAGUUACCUUCACUAUUGCCAGUCAGCGUCUUUGAUUCCCUCGUCCUCACCGCUUCCAAAAUCCUCCACAAAGAGCGCAACUGCGUUCAUAUCGAUGGCCUUGAUUCUGAGUCCAACGUUGUUGUGGUUGGUGACAUUCAUGGUCAGCUCCAUGACCUUCUCUUCCUAUUGAAAGAUACUGGCUUUCCUUGUCAAAACCGGUUUUAUGUAUUCAACGGCGACUAUGUGGAUCGUGGUGCUUGGGGACUUGAAACCUUCCUUGUUCUCUUGUCCUGGAAGGUUUUGAUGCCGGACAGAGUCUACCUACUCCGUGGUAAUCAUGAGUCAAAGUAUUGUACAUCUAUGUAUGGUUUCGAAAAGGAGGUGCUCACAAAAUACGGAGACAAGGGAAAACAUGUUUACCGCAAAUGCUUGGGUUGCUUUGAAGGUCUUCCUUUGGCUUCCAUAAUUUCUGGACGUGUUUAUACAGCACAUGGAGGGCUUUUCCGCAGCCCAGUCUUACCUAAGAGAACAACAAGGGGGAAAAAGAACCGUCGGGUAGUUCUUCUGGAACCUGAGCCGAGCUCGUUGAAACUCGGUACCUUAGAUGAGUUGAUGCAAGCUCGAAGAUCAGUUCUUGAUCCUCCUUGGGAAGGUUCAAACUUGAUUCCCGGGGUCGUUUUAUGGUCUGAUCCUUCAAUGACUCCGGGCCUUUCACCAAAUGAACAGAGAGGCAUUGGUCUUCUCUGGGGUCCCGAUUGUACAGAGGAUUUUUUGAAGAAAUAUGAACUAAAGUUGAUCAUCAGAUCACAUGAAGGUCCAGAUGCUAGAGAGAAGAGAACUGGUCUUGGUGGAAUGGACAAAGGAUAUACAAUAGACCACAAUGUCGAAUCCGGAAAGCUUAUCACUAUUUUCAGUGCACCAGACUAUCCGCAAUUCCAAGCCACAGAAGAGAGGUACAAAAACAAAGGAGCAUAUAUUAUUUUGCAGGGGCCUGAUUUCUCCGAUCCUCAAUUUCAUAGUUUCGAAGCUGUUAAACCGCGACCAAAGGCGCAUCCAUAUUAUGACUUUGAAAAUGUGAUUGAUUCUGACGAUGAGAUGGAUAAAAGUGAAGAGAUGCCUCACAGACCACGACCAUUGAUGGGACUGUUGGUUUUCACUGGAGCAAAUGCGGUUUUGGUGCAGACCGUUUCUCCAGUUUAUGACUUUGUCUGCUUCUUGUUUACCAGAAAAGACAGACAGUAUGAAGUGGAGGUUGAUGCUAACUAUCUUAUGGUUCCUUAUUUCACUUUGAAGCAUUUAUUGCAAUUGUUUUCGGGUUUUUCUCUUGAGUGGGCUAAACUAAUAAUGGUCUUUUCUUUCUCGAAAGAGAGAACGAAUCCGACAGGAGCCGUGAAGCAUCUUCAUUCUCAAAUGGCACAAACUCAACACAUUAAAGCUACUCAAGCAUCUUCUGGAUGAUUCUCUCCAAGGUCAUUCCUUGUCUGUCACGGGGCAUCUCAAGUAAUAAAGCUUAAAGUUAACU